GUUUUAUUAAAGUCUGCAUGCCUGCAGGUCUGGGCAGUCUACAAGGCGUUCGUUGACUCUGCAAAUAUCUUACUCUUUCUUGUACAGCUUGGAAAGGCUCUACAUUUGGUUGCGACUCAUACUAUCACCGCAGCCAUGUCGUCGUCUUCCUCUACCGUGGGCCCUACCAAGGAAAGUUCACUUUGGUCGAACAAGAAAUGUCUUGCCAUCUGCAGCGUGGUGAUGAUUGCCAACAUGCAGUAUGGCAUUGACACAGCAGCCGUUGGUGGUCUACAGGCCAUGCCUGGCUUUCUCAAAGUGUAUGGAUAUGAAGAUCCUACCAGCAUUUUUGGCUACGGAAUCGAUAGUACCGUACAGCAGUUGAUGACUUCUCUGAUGAGCUUGGGAAGUUUCCUAUCUGCGAUAUUCGCCGGAGUCUUCGCAUCAUACUUUGGUCGUAGGAUUGGACUCUGGUCUGCGUGUGCUCUCAACUUUGUCGCUGUUGCGGUGCUGGUCGCCACAACUUCUAAAAGCGCUCUAUAUGUCGGACGCCUAUUCCUUGGUCUUGCCAAUGGGUUUCUCGUCACAUUUUCCAAUGUCUACACUGCAGAAGCGGCACCUGCAAACCUAAGAGGUGUCAUGGUCGCUCUUUUCGCAUAUGCUGUCAAUUUUGGCUCUAUCCUUGGAUCCUUGAUUGAUAACUAUACAAAGAACCGUAUGGACCUCCUAUCCUUUCGCAUUCCCCUAGCAUGCCUCUUCAUUGUUCCCACACUCCUCACGGUUGGCCUAUUCUUCGUCCCGGAGAGCCCACGUUGGCUUUUGGUUCAGGGUCGUGAGGAAGAUGCACGCAAGUCCCUCGAAUCACUUCGAGUUGCCCGGGGUGAGGAAUUCGAUCUCGAGUGGGUUGAAAUGGUCAAGGGUGUCGAAGAAGAGAAGCGUAUUGCCAGGGCUACACCCAUACUCGACAUGUUCCGCGGUCACGAUCUUCGCCGAACGUUGCUUUGCUAUGGUACUAUCGCUGCUCAGACAGCAUCUGGUGUGUGGUUCUUCAUCGGCUAUCAGACAUACUUCUUCGCUAUCGCUGGAAUCACCAAAGCUUUUGAAUACUCCAUCAUGAACGCCUGCAUCGGCUUCUUCGGUGUACACUGCGGCAUGUGGGCAAUGAAGGCUCUCGUCGGACGUCGCUUCAUCCUGAUCUUUGGGGCCAUUACAUGCGCAUUGUGUAUGUUGGCUUGCGGUAUUGCCGCCUCAGUGAAUGCUACUGCUCCCUCAACCGGUACCGUUCUUGUAGCUUUCACCGCACUGUUCAUGUUCUUCUACGAUGCCUGCGUCGGUGCAGUCAGCUAUCCCGUCGCGACUGAGGUUGUCAGCUCCCGCCUCCGUACCUACACCAUCGGGACCGCGACUGCGCUGGGCAACUUCCUCGCAUGGCUGACCGGAUUCUGCUCUCCAUACUUCAUCAAUCCUCAGGACUUGAACUGGGGCCCGAAGUACACCUACAUAUGGGCUGCAUCAAACGCUCUCUGCAUCGUGUUUUUCUACUUCUUUAUCCCUGAAAUGAAAGGUCGUUCUCUCGAGGAGAUCGACGAGCUCUUCGAGGCUGGGAUUGGCGCUAGGAAGUUCACUGAGUACAAGUGCAAGAUCACGGAAGAAGUCAGGCAGGAGGUUCAACAGAAUCAUGUUAGCGUCCAGGUUGGCAAGUCUGAUGUCUAAUGGUAUCAAUGCCUGUCCUAAGUACGGCUAGUAAAUGAUAGAUGUAGAUACGUACGGAAAUUUUGAAGUGGAUAUGCUCUCUGAGAUUAAUUAUCAUUUCAUGCACAGAAC